ACCACGGGAUGGAGGAAAAAACCUGAGGGUUUGGGCGCUCCGGCACAGUAUCUAUCAGUCUAGAGAGAGAGAGAGAGAGAGAGAGAGAGAAGAUGCCGUGCCUGAACUUGUCGACGAACGUGAGCUUGGAUGGAGUGGACACCUCUUCCAUCCUAUCUGAAGCUACCAAGAACGUUGCUAAGAUCAUCGGGAAGCCAGAGGCUUAUGUGAUGAUUGUACUGAAGGGGUCGGUUCCAAUGUCAUUUGGUGGGACUCAACAACCAACAGCUUAUGGUGAGCUGGUAUCGAUUGGUGGUCUCAACCCUGAUGUCAACAAGAAGCUGAGUGCUGCAAUUGCAACAAUCCUUGAGACCAAUUUGUCUGUUCCCAAGUCCCGAUUCUUCCUCAAAUUCUAUGAUUCAAAGGGUUCUGACUUUGGAUGGAAUGGGGCGACCUUCUAAAUUCUGUAGUAUUUUGGGUGUGUUGUCGAAACCAAAUGCUAUAUGUAUAAGAAACUUGAUAUCGUUAAAUUGACUUUCAUAACUGUAUUGAGGAUGAAGAAAAGAAUAUUAUGUUAUGUUAUUUGAUAUGUGUGUUUAAUUGGAGCAAUCUGGAGAUGUUAUACACAUAAUGAAAUUGCUAGUUUCAACUCUUA